CCGAUCAGACGAUGGACUCUGAGAUCACGAAAAAGGUGUAUUUGAACGAUUGCGUUCUGCGUCCGAUUUAUAAGUUUGAAAUUAGACGCAUGUAUAGCGUGGCUCUUCUACUAUCCAAAAAGAAACUGAAAAACAAGAACUCAGUGUCUGUAGUAUCAUCACUUUUGACCGAUGUGGCUCAGAACGGAAAAGGAAAUAAAAAUCUUUUUUUCAGUUGUUGGCUUGUCAUAAAAGAUUGAAGCGUUUCUUCGCUACUUGAUUUCUUCGAACAGAUAGUUGUAAGAAAUACUUUAACCUGCCUUUUUAAAUGAUAUUCAAAAGCAUCCUAGAACGCUAGUAGAAGCGUAAGGGCAUUUUGGGACGCUGUUAAAAAUGCGAAAGCAUGGAACAGCUCUGUCAGAAAUCGAGA